AUGAUCUCUGUCUGUCUUCCCGUGUUCUCCUCCCCCCCCUCACACAUUCUCCAUUCACAGCUCAGUCGACAUAUUGUGGAAUAUCAGAAACAGGCGAAAGAAUUGGUCUGUCGACUGACACCCACUUCCCCGUCUCGAUGCUCCCUGUUGGCUGACCCGUACGUGUUUCAUUAUCUGCUCGAUCGUGGUGUGUGCUAUCUCAUCCUGACCGAGGGUCGAUUUAAUCGCACCAAUGCGUUUGCUUUCCUCGAGACUAUUCAGACCAAAUUCUACUCGGAGUAUUCGGCCAAAAUUCACACCGUGUCUCGACCAUAUGUGUUUCUGGAUUUCGACAGUUUUAUUCACCAAACGCAGAAAGCCUACACAGACACUCGGUCCUCGAACAUGAAUCAGUUAAAUGUGGCAUUGCAAGAUGUGCAACGGAUUAUGUCUCUCUCUAGUAUCUGUCCCCACGAUUUGCACUAUCACCUUCUAUCUCAUUCUCUUUCAGCUUUGGACGAACGUGCGUCUCAUCUGUCCACAAUGUCAAAGAAAUACAAACAGGAUGCGACCGCUCUCAAUUUGCAAUCUGCCUGGGUGUUCUAUGUGCUUUUCUGUAUAGUGAUUCUGGCCAUUUUCACGUACAUUUUCUUCCGGUUCAUGUGA